AUUACUGUCAGUAUGGUUUGGUGGGAAAUGAUUGUAGUAUUAGCAGUGUGUAAUGGAGUGGACUGCAUUGUGUGUGUCUUGAGGGUGUCUUAAUGGUUUUAUCAACAGCGUUGAGCUUCUUCGUCGAUUUAAAGUGAUAGGCUAGCGUGCUAGCCUGCAUUGGGCGUCUCUGUGCUUGGGGGCCGUGGCUGACUCGAGGAUGUAACAUGGCUAACGACAGCUAACUACCUGGUUAGCUUUAUCGUCACUUGUGCUGGGGCACUGAACAGCUUUGAGCUCCAGAGUUGCUGUCCUCCGUCUGUGCAACCAUCCCCUGGCGUGCCCCUGUUGACCUUGAACUUGAGCUUUGUGACUGACCCUGAAGAGUGAACGGAGGGCCCGGGUUUCGCUCCCCCGGUUCAGUUCUCGCCAGCCUGCCCUGUGGAAGUUUUCAGUUUGAAACGGUGCCCUGACAAAUCCGACGGCAGAGGAAUAGACCGCGGGCACACACUUUGGCUUCCCAAAAUAAAAUAAAAAAAGAACCCCCCUGCCCACCCCCCGUGGCGGCUGCCAGGGCCAGAGAGUCGCCUUUUCAUAAUCUGCGUGUGUUAACGAGGAUGCUGCUGCUGCACUGCUGAGACAGACCCAGCCUCACUCCCUCACCACCAUCUCUUGGACACCCACGUCCCCCAUUACUUUCGUCUUCCAGUGCAGGGGGGUCCCCCAACAUGGCCUGGGGUGCCUGAGAGGCUUUCCCAGGGAGAGGGGGAUGAGAGAGGGAGAGGCACAGGCUACGCAGCCCACCGCCACCCAUGGAUGCCAAGCUGCGCGAGGACCUGUUUAGGAGGUAUGUGGUGUCGCUGGAGAGGAGGCUGGAGGAGGGCGAGGGUGGCAUCGGCAGCAGCAACGGGAGCGGUGCGGGGGGCGCCAAGUGCGACCGUCAGGCAGCCACAGCAACAACAACGCUGCACACCAGCAGCGAGGAGGCGCUCAUCUCCACGGCAACAGCCCUGCUGGGGGCGUAUCAGCCCGAGCCAGCCCAGCGCUUCCGCCUGCUGCGGUUCUACGAGGUGGCGGAGAACGCGCUGCGCUCGGCCCAGGGCUCCAGCCUGAGGGCUCUGGAGGCGGCGUUCGCCACGCUGGAGACGGUCUGCACCAACCUGCUGCUCUUCCCUUGGAAGAAGGAGUUUCGUUGCAUCAAGACAUUCACAGGGCCAUACGUGUACCAGCUGCAGUCGGCCGUGUGUGAGUUGGACCUGCGCUCGCUGCUGCGCUCCAUGGGCUACACGCGCAGCGAGCAGGACACGCAGUACCUGGCCCGAGAGGCCCCACCGGGCGGCGCCCCCCAACUCCGGCAGCUGGCCUUCGAGCUGCUGCUGGCCCAGGCCGAGUGCCGACUCCUGGGGGAGGUGGUGGCCCUGGCCCGGGGGGCCGCCUCGGAGCUGGAGGCCCUGGAGCUGCGGAGGGCGAGCAGGGAGGACGCGGCCGGCUGCGCGGAGGCACUGAGGCGCCGGGAUUCCCUCACAGCCAUCGACAUGGCCCGGCUCUCGCUGCGGCCGGCCGACAUGGAGCGCGCCGCCACUCCUCACCACCACCACCAUCACCACCAGCUGCGGAGGUCCGGGCGGCCGUCCAAGUCGGUAGACGUGACGGACAGCGCGGGUCACUGGCACUCGGCCAGCAAACCAGUGCUGCGCACCUCGCUCAGCCUUCGCAAGGAGCCGCUGUUUGUGGACACUGAUGAGGAAGAAGCACGCGAUGAAAUCCUCCGCCCCAUCGCACCGCUCUUCUCCCUGGCUUCCACUCCAUCUUACAGCCCCUCUUGCUCCGUCGCGGCCGCCGUUGCCUCCGCAGCCGACUUCUUCCCCAUCCAGUCACCCCCACCGCCCUCCGACCCCUACUCCUACCACCUGUCCUCGCUGGACGAGGUGGACCUGUACACAGAGCGGGGCGGCGGCCUGGGCCUGGGUGGGGGGCGGCAGACACCCUCCUCCUCCACCUCCUCAUCCUCGCGCCCCCCCAGCAGAGAGCCACGGGACGGCUGGCUGCUGAAGGCCCACGGUGGGGCCAAGUGCCAGGGCUGCGGUCUGGGCUGCUCAGUGCUGAGCUCGUGCCAGCGCUGCGACACGGUGCUCUGCUCGUCGUGCCUGGCUUGCGAGCCCACGGCGUGCUGCGGCUACCAGGACUACCCCAAGGUGGCGGCCCCCUUGCGCACGCUCGACGGCUACCUGCCCGCCAAGGAGAAGCUGUCCGUCUACUCCAACGCGCACUCUAACGUGCACGCGCACACACACCCCCACAUGCUCACCCACUCGCACAUGCACCCCCACCCCCACCCGCAUCCCCUGUCCCACUCGCACUCGCAGCUGCUGGACAAGCCUAUGAUGAGCACCAAGCUGUACCCCAGCAAGCCUGUCGGUAUGGUGACGACUUCUGCCCCCAGCGGCGUCAGCGUCGGCGAGCGUUUGAGCGCGGGCGGCUCGCGCUGCGGAUUCUGUAACAAGCCCGGGGCGGCGCACACGUGCGUCAACUGCUCCAAGGUGUCGUGCGACUCGUGCAUGGGCCUGUACGCUGGAGACGUGUGCACACGCAAGACACCACACCACAGCUUCCUGCCCAACCACCAGCUCAACUACAAGUCCAGCACCAUAUCCCACCUGGUCUACCGGUAGACAUCUCGCUCUUUCUCUCUCUUUUUCUGUCACUCACACACACACACACACACACACACACACACACACACACACAAAUAUAUGCAGGGCCUAGAAUCCUGAACUUCUGGACUGUUUCUUCAUCCUCUAAUAGCUCCAGUGACCGAACAGUUUCCGUCCUUGUUCUGGUCCGAAGUCGUGUCAUUUCCCAGACCAGGACCUCAGCUGCUAUGUGGGCUUCUAUUUCUCACUCUCUCUCUCUUUUCUUUUCUUUCUUUCUUUCUUUCUCUCUUUCUUUCUUGAUUACUCUUCUGUUCAUAUCAACCCAGGAAUGCACUUAUAGCCCACAUCUCCUUAUGCCCGCCCAUCUCACUGCCUUGUAGAAAUUCAGGCUUGAAGGCAUUUCUCCUUUUUUUUUAUUUUUAUUUUUAAAAUGACACACUUCCUCCUGACCCCUUGCCUCUCUCCAUCAGCUCUCGUUUGGUCAUGUGAUCUCGUAGUUUGUCCCGUACCUGAAUCUUGGCCUACUUAAGACAAGCAACUAAAGGGGGAAAAAAAACAAUAAUAACAAAAGACAUGACUGGCUUUAGUCUCGAGCGUGCAGAGCGCUCAUCCAGCUGUUAGCAUUCUAUCCACAUAGAUGUUUGCAGAAGACUCUCUUCCCCCAUCUGGAUAUUCACGAUGUAUGGAAGAAUCUUUUGAAGACUUUGGAUCAAAUGAGGAUAAAAUAGGAAAGAGAAAAACAUUACACUGGAAUCCAAUAGUAUAUAUUUUGAAUCAUUAUUGUAUAGACCUAAUGUGCGACGGGUGGUUGGG